UUAGAUCAUUCAUUUCGUAUAAAAUAACGGAAGAAAUUGAACAAAUGUAUACAGAAAUUGAUUUCGCUAUUUCAAAUACUCGAUAGAUAAAAAGCCAAUAAUGUCGGAUAAAGAGGCAUCACAGCUUAUGGGCGAUACAGCAGAACUAGUAGAGAAUUCAAACACCAACACCUCUGUGAACGCAACAGAGGAUUCACAGUCAGAGAAUUCGGACAACAAAAUUGAAAAUGCAUCAUUUAUUUCCAAAGAAGAGGACAAUUGUCUUCGGUAUUUUCUGGGUAUUGGUAUCGCAGAAAAGGCUGUGAGAAUUUGGUUUGAUACCGUCAUACCACGAGAUAAAUUAGAAAAUCAUCUGCAAAGGCAUGAACAAAAGUUGAGAAAGAUUUGCAACGAUGAUCAGAUAUCGAAAUUAUUUCCAGGGAAUAGUUCUGUAAUACCACCAACAUAUGACAUAUCAUUGAUGUAUAAAAUAAUACGAAACACAACCAAAGUUAGAAAACCGAGAAAAGACUGGGGAGAAACUCCGGAUGACACAGAUAUAGAACCGACUGACGACCUGGAACGAGUCCGGAUCCAACGAAACUCACUUUGUCAUGGCCCUCAGUCAAUUAGCGACAAUGAGUUUGAAAAGAAAUGGAAAGAACUUAAGGAAGUAAUGUGUUAAUCUUUCUAAUACUGUAUAUUCCUAAUUUUUGAGAGUAAUUUUAUCGCAAACUGGCGAUAACAAUUCAGCAGUUUAUCAUGGUUUCGAGUUAAGUUUUCGCCUUAAAAAGUCUCUGUUUAUCUGUCAGUUGGCUGGACAUACUCACUCUUCAGUGUAUGUAACCUCUUUUCACCUCUGAUUGGUUUAGAAAACCGCAUUUGCUCUGUUCCUGAUUUGUAUUCUUUAAGGAAGGUCUAUUCUUCUACGGAUCCGGUUUU